UCACUAUCUGAGACCAGCGGUACUUUAACUUCUUUCUUCACUUCAACCGCAUCAUCCAACCCAAACGGACUCUCUCUGCUCUGCGAGCUUCCGCACUUAUUAUCCGCAAGUCUCCAAAAUGGAUCUGAUAGUAUCUUCGCUUGUAUUUUUCCUUUGUGUAGUUAAUGUGACCUGCAGCCCGAGCCCCUUAGAGGACGUUGUUGUCGAUCGAUACGAAAUACCGACAGUUUGUCCUCGAGAAGUGCAAACAGAAGAUUUUAUCCGUUAUCAUUUUAACGGUACCUUCCACGCAGACGGGAAAAAGUUUGACUCCAGCCAUGACCGAGGGAAAGCCUUCAUCAGCCAGGUCGGUCUUGGCAGACUCAUCACAGGGAUGGACCGUGGUCUUCAGGGCAUGUGUGUCAAUGAGCGCAGGAGGAUCACAAUACCCCCGCACCUGGCCUAUGGAAGCAUUGGAACAGGUGGGAUCAUUCCUCCUGACGCUGUGUUGGUGUACGAUGUUCUCCUGCUGGACAUUUGGAGCUCCGAGGACAAGGUCCAGAUCCGCACACUGAGCAAACCUGCAAGCUGCAACCGCACCACCGUGGCGUCAGAUUUUGUCCGUUACCACUAUAACGGCACCCUGCUGUCCGGCGCAGGCUUCGACUCCAGCUACUCGAGGAAUGCAACCUAUGACACCUACUUGGGGCAGGGCUACCUCAUCAAAGGCAUGGACGAGGGCCUUUUGGGCAUGUGUGUUGGGGAGAGAAGGAUCAUCAUCAUCCCACCCUUCCUGGCAUAUGGAGAGAAUGGCUCUGGGACUAAGAUCCCUCCCCAGGCGACGCUGGUGUUCGAGGUGCUGAUGGUUGAUGUGUUCAACCCUAAGGAUGAUCUGAUUGUGGAGGUGAAGGAGGUGCCUAAAGGUUGCAUCCGCAGGACGGUGACUGGAGAUUAUAUCCGCUACCACUAUAACGGUACCUUCCAGGAUGGCAAGGCCUUCGACUCGAGCUACCAGCGAAACAGCACGUAUAACACUUACAUCGGCAAGGGAUAUGUGAUCCGGGGGAUGGACAAAGCCCUGCAUGGGCUCUGCAUGGGAGAGAAGAGAAAGAUUACCAUCCCUCCUCACAUGGCGUAUGGCGAAGAUGGAGUUGAAAACCUCAUACCUGCCUCUGCUGUGCUGGUCUUUGACAUUCACGUCAUUGAUUUCCACAACCCCAAAGACCAUGUUCAGAUUAAAGUCACCGACAAGCCUCAGGAAUGCAACGCGACCAGUGAAGCUGACGAUUUGAUCCACUACCGUUACAAUUGCUCCUUGAUGGACGGCACCCUGCUGUACUCCUCGGACCAUUACGAGUCACCUUCAGUCACGACUCUCGGAACAAACAAGGUGAUCCCGGGCCUGGAGAAAGGUUUGAGUGGCAUGUGUGUGGGCGAGAGGAGGGAGGUGGUCGUUCCGCCACACUGGGGACAUGGUGAAGAUGGAGCUGGAGAAGUUCCCAGGAGUGCCGUGCUCUUUUUUGAGCUGGAGUUAGUGGAGCUGCAGAAGGGUGUGCCUGAAGGCUACAUGUUUGUGUGGCUGGGAGACAGCCCUGAUCCCCUCUUCGCUGCAAUGGACCUCAAUGGCGACAAAGAGGUUCCUCUAGAGGAGUUUGCAGCGUUCAUCGGGGACCAAGUUAAAGAGGGCAAAGGUCGCCUUCGGCCGGGGAUGGAUGCCGACAGCAUCAUUGAGGACAUGUUCAAUAACCAGGACCGGAAUAACGAUGGGAAGAUUGUGGAAGAUGAACUGAAACUUAAGGUGGACGAGGCAUCUGAACAAGUGAAACGAGACGAGUUGUAAAAGGGACACAGAGUAUUUCAGUGGUGUUAAAGAAUGGGCAUGCAGUACUGUCAUCCUAGCAACUGUCAGGCAACUAUUUUGACUAUGUUUCAGAGAUUGAAACCUUGUUGAGCCUUUAGGCACUCAGGCAGUUUUCUGUGCUAGAUUUUGUAAAAGUAUAUCAUUGCCGUUUCACACCUAUUACAGUAGAAUUAGUCUAACUACUGGAAUGGAGCUCAACACUGACAGCACAAGAAAACAUCUGUAUUUGAGUGGUCAGUAUGUUGUGCACAGGACACGGGUGUUUGGAAAUGUGAAAGGAAGAAAUAUUGUCUGUAGUGAAGUUGUGUUCUGUUGGAAAAAGCACAUUUGACUCAAACAUUGAACUACCUUAGAAAGCAUUUGGGCAGGGCCCUUGUUCCAGAAUAUUACAUUUUAUAUAUAAAAAGUCAGCCUCGUGUAAAAAUGAUGAAAAACCACUGGUUGUACAGUAUAUUUGGGCUCAUUUGUACAAUAACAGAAACUCUAUUUCAGAAAAUGCUAUGUGUAUUGUGAAACAUGAACUGUUUUCUAAUAAAAAAAAGCACCUACUU